AGAUGAAGGUCAUCCACUUUCAGUACUUGCGUUAUAAUAGUCAUUAUCCAUUACUUUGUGAUCUAAUUACGUAACCCGAGAGGAGUGUGUUAUGUCUUCUGAUGUUAUUCUAAAUUAUUACGAGUCCCUUCUACACAGAGAUGAUCUAGAUACUUUGAAGGAGGGUUGUUUCGUCAAUGAUAACAUAAUCACAUUCCAUCUGGAGUACCUUCGCCAUACAAAAUUAUGCCACUCAUCAAAUAUUCUUCUUAUGGAUCCAGCAGCAUCUCAACUUUUAAAAUUGAUGGAUGAGGAAUCAAUUAGAUUGGUGCUGGAUCCUCUAGAAUUCAAGUCAAAGGAUUGGGUAUUUUUAGUGAUCAAUGAUUCUGCUUCACGAGUUUCAUCUGGUGGAUGUCAUUGGUCACUGCUGGUUUAUUCACCACUUCUUGUACACGGUUUUUACCUGGACUCCCUGAACUCUAGUCCUAAUUUUUCAGAGGCGAUCACUUUGUGUAACAAGUUAUGCACCUAUUUAGGUGUUUCUUUUGUAGAUAUAAAGCUACCUAAUGUCAUAAAGCAAAACAACGGAUAUGAUUGUGGAAUAUUUUGCAUGGUAUUCAUAGAAAUAAUAUGUGAUAUGAUAUUGAAAGGUGAUAUGUCCUGGCAGAUGAGUCUGUCCACUGACAUGGUUUCCCAUCAAGUAAUGCACAAAAGGAAAUCGUUACUAGAGUGUAUCUAUGGCUUAUCCACAGCAAAUGCGUAGGUUUGUCGCCAAAAUUUCUAAAAGGGUCGUGAACUAGCAAACAUAAACAGACCUGGUGUCUGUUUGGCGUUUUCUCAUUUACAGACUGUUCAUGUGUUAAAUUUUAUCCUAAUAUACACUGUAAAAAAUAUUUCUUUGUUCAGAAGUUAUAACCAAUAAUGCGUUUGCCUGCUUGGGGUCAUCACGCAGACGGAGGUUAGGGUGUAUUUAGACUUGCUUUUUGUAUCAGCUGUCUUUAUUCGACAUAUCUGGUGGGUCAAUUAGUCCCUGUAGGGUUUGCAGAUGCUUUCAGGGCGAAAUAAUGAUUAAUCCCACCAAAUGUAUUCAUCCAAUUGUUUAUUGGGGUCAGUCGGAAGAAUAUGUAUUUCUUUCUAUUAAAGUAGCCAAUGCAAAUGUUGAUUCGAUUGUUAUCAACCAAGAAGACUUUAUGUUUUCUGCAAUGGGCACUGGAGCUGAUGGUGUUAAUAAAUAUGAAUUUUCUAUCUCAUAUUAUCUCCCUAUAAUCCCUGAAGAAAGUCGAUAUGUCGUUACAAGUUUAUCUGUUAAUGUUAAAUUACGAAAAGAACUUAAAGAUUCAUGGUCAAGGUUAACGUUAGGAAAUCAGCGUCUACCUUGGGUUCGUCCUGAUUUCGAUCGUUAUCAGUUUAAUGACUCUGAUUUGGAAAAUAAUGAAGAAGAAUGUCUCAAUGUUAACGUUGUACAUCCAUCAAAAGAGGAGAGAGAUAAGCAUAAUGCAGAACAAAUGAUGCUUAUUGAUGCAGAAGAAUGGGAGGCAUUUUUGAAUCUGAUUAAAAAUCCUUUGACAAUUUAUUUGUUCCUCUUUAAUGUCAUUCAAUUCGCCGGUUAUCUUUAUGUUUGUGGAGCUCUGGUCUAUGGAUUAAUGCAGUAUAAAGAAGUGCAUAAAAUACCAUUUUAUGAAUGGAUUAUCGAUAGAUUAGUUUUUGUGCAAAUUUUAUCAAUUUUGGAACCGUUGCAUGCUUCAUUAGGUUGGAUUCGUGGUGGGAGUGCCUUACCUUCAGUUUUUCAGUUGUUUGGUCGUUCCCUUGUUUUGUUUUGUAUUGUAUUGCCACAUGCUGAAUUCCAUUCUGCGUCUACAACUUAUUGGCUUUUCUUUUCAUGGAGUCUCAUUGAAGUUGUUAGAUAUCCAUAUUACAUUUUAUCAUUAUUAAGUUUUCAAAAUGGACUUAUCACUUAUUUACGUCAUACAUUGGGGAUAAUAUUAUAUCCUAUUGGAUUUAUAUGUGAAGGUAAAUUAAUAAUUCGAUCACUGCCUUCAUUGGUUGAGUCUCGAAAAUUCUGUUUAGAACUACCGAAUCCAGCUAAUGUUAGCUUUGAUUUUACAACUUUUCUGCAAAUCUAUAUAUUUUCUAUGUCUUUUGGUUUAUACUAUAAUAUGAGACAUUUAUAUUUGAGACGGCGUAAAAUAAUUGGUCCUCGACCAAUUAAAGGAGCAGAUCAAAUGGGUUAUUUUUCUUUUGUACCAUUUUUGCGUUCAUUAGUUCGUGGAUCAAAUAUGAAAAAUCUCUCUACUACCACCAGUACUAUUAAAAAGAAGUAUGUAGAUAAUCGCAGCAGUUUACCGAAAUUAAACUAACUUAUUUCUUCGCAUAACAUGUAUAUUUCCAUGAUGUAAUAAUUGUUAAAUGAAGUGAUAUUUUAUUCUAUGUAUCUUAAUGAAUAAAUCAAUUGUUUUUUUAUUGUCU